GCUGGCUUGUGUGAUCCGACUCCGGGAGAGCAUUCCUGGCAACGUCGUGAGCGGGGACAGAAACAAGCUGUCGACUACUGGUCAGUGAAUGUUUCUCCUAGGAGAUGGGGAUUUCUAAAGGGAUAUAAGUUCGUCGAUAGGCAGCAGAGCUGUGAUCGAGAGACUUUCCCCGCCUCAUUGACCCCCCCCCCCCUGCUCACCUGUGAGUCAACACACACAGGCACGGACCACGCCCGAUUCAGAUCUGCCCAGAGCCUGAGAGAAGAGAGACAGCCUACUGUGUAACUGGGCCUAUGACCAGCAGUGUCCCACCCUCCCAUUGAAAGCGAUGUGUGUGGGAGGUGGAGGCCGCAGUAUCAGCAGAGUGUGUGUGGGGCUCCUCUCCCUCUCCCCUACUCCCCACUCUGGCCUGGGAUGCCAGCUCCCUGCCCCCCUGCCUGCUGUCCUGCCCUGAGCUCUCCUGGGGCGCCAUGAAUACCUACAGAGAUCGAGGGGUCACCUGCACGUCCUCAGACCUGCUGGAGAGGGGCGGAGGGGGAGGGCCUGGGUCCCUCCUCACACAACAUGCCGCCUUCCACCCCACCCCCAACGGCCACCCUGCCCCCUCCUCUGACCCAGCCACCCAAUCACGUGUCUCCGUUCCCAAGAUGGGUGUCCGCGCCCGUAUUGCUGAGUGGCCGCCGCGCCAUGCGCAAUCGAGGGAGUCACUCCUGGAGAACGGACAAGGCAGUAAUCACCAUGUAGACGACCCCUUCACAACGACCACAUCUUUCCCCAUCUCGGAGGUCGGGCUGGUGAGGGGAGGAGUGGCUCGUUUACCAAGGCGACGCACGAAGGAUGUGGAGUUCCGUGGUGGGUACGGAGGUGAAAGAGGGUCUCCCUCAGGCCUGCGUGCCUUCCCCCCAUUACGGCAGCGGUCCAACAGCGAGGUGACUCUGAGCGAGCAGGAUGAGAAUGAGGUGGAAGGUCGUGGAGGUGCUAAUCUGUUCCGGGAGUACGGCAGCACCUCGUCCAUCGACGUGCAGGGCAUCCCCGAGCAGAGCUUCUUUGACAUGCUCAGCCAGUUCCACCAAGAGAGGCCCGACCAGCGCAGCACUGCCCCCGGACGCCUGGGGGAGCUACUGUACACCAACUCACCUCCCUCGGCACCCCUCCCCACGGGCCACUCCCCCACGCCCACAUCCCGGGGGGAGGAUGGAGGGAUGGGGCGGUCAGAGAACAGGGUGAGGAAGAAGAGCGGGGGGACAGAGUCGUCUCUGGGGACGUCCUCUCUGUUCCGGAAGCUCCGCAGCUCCAGCAGAGGGGAGCUGGACAGAGGGGAGGCGUGGGAGGACGGGGGAGGCCGUAACUCUACAGAUACACCCUACAAACCCUGGGUGUGCCCCAAGAGCUUUGUCCACUACGACGCCCAGAGCAUCCUGUUUGACCUCAAUGAGGCGGCUGCUCAGCGCGCCUACGUAGCCAAGCGGAGGAACACUGCCACCGGGGCAUCGGCGGCCUCAGUCUCCCUGGCUGUGUCACGGUCCUCAACUCUGAGUGGGUUGGACGCUACCUACUCCAGCGUUGAGGACCUGACGCUAGACCUCGACCCCAGCGCGCCCACACCCUCCCUGGGCAUGGACCCUCUGGACGCCCCCCCCGGUGGCCCCAACUCCAGUCCGCUCCUCCUCAGUUGCCCCCACUUCCACAACGAGACUGGGGGCCACGGGGAGCGCAACGUCAGCUUCCUGAGCUCCUCGGCCGAGCGGGGAGGGGAGGGGGGCGCUGGUGACCUGGCGAGGGGCAGCCUUCGGCGUAGCAACGCCAGUGUGUCGGUGGUGGAGGUUCCCAUAGAGCAGCAAGUCACCAGAAUGGACAGGCUGAAACUCUGUAGCAUCGAGCACGUAGACCUGGGGGCACGCUACUACCGAGACUACUUCCACGGGAAAGAGCACUCAAACUACUUUGGCACGGACGACAAGCUGGGUCCGGUGGCUGUGAGUAUCCGCAGGGAGAAACUGGACGACACUAAAGACCUGAAGGACCAGUACCAGUACCGCGUCAUCGCCAGAACCAGUGAGCUGGUGACGCUGCGGGGGUCCAUCCUGGAGGAUGCGGUGGCCUCCACGGGCAGGCACGGCACGGUGCGGGGUCUCCCCCUGAAGGAGGUGCUGGAGCAGGUGGUCCCAGAGCUCAGCGUGCCCUGCCUGCGCCUGGCUCUCAGCACGCCCAAGGUCACCGAGCAGCUCCUCAAACUGGACGAACAGGGGCUGAGUCAGAAGCACAAGGUGGGAAUGCUGCUGUGUCGCGCAGGGCAGAGCACCGAAGAGGAGAUGUAUAACAACGAAGAGGCCACGCCCGCCUUCUCGGCCUUCAUGGACCUGCUAGGGGAGCAGGUGUGCCUCCGAGGCUUCACCAACUACGCCGCCCAGCUGGACACCAAGACUGACUCGACAGGCACCCACUCCCUGUACACCACCUACCAGGGCUAUGAGGUCAUGUUCCACGUGUCCACCAUGCUGCCCUACAUGCCCAACAACCCCCAGCAGCUCCUGAGGAAGAGGCACAUAGGGAACGACAUCGUCACAGUAAUCUUCCAGGAGCCGGGAGCGCUGCCCUUCACCCCUCAGAACGUCCGCUCCCACUUCCAGCAUGUGUUCGUCAUCGUCCGCGUGCACAACCCCUGCUCCGACGACACCUGCUACAGUGUGGCUGUGACGCGUAUGAAUGACGUACCUUCCUUCGGCCCGCCCAUCCCCAGCGGGGUGACGUUCCGCGGCCCUGAAGCCUUCCGCAACUUCCUCUUGGCCAAGGUCAUCAAUGCCGAGAGCGCCGCACACAAGUCUGAGAAGUUCCACACCAUGGCCACGCGCACGCGACAGGAGUACCUCAGAGACUUAGCCGAGAACUAUGUGAGCAGCACGCCGCUCGACUCCGCGGGCAAACUCAACAACCUCAUCUCGCUGGCGUCGAAGAAGAGAGAGCGGGCGCGAGCCAGGGAGGGGGCCGAGUUGGGAGCGGCCGGGGCGGUGGCGUGGAGGGUGCUGGCCCAGGACUUCAGUGGCGGCGGGUCGGAGAUCUCCUGCGCUCUGGGCGUGUCGGCAGAGUACAUCCUCCUGGCAGACUGCAACACCAAGGAAGUGGUGUUCAACUGCUUCUGCGCCGACGUGAUCGGCUGGACGCCGGAGAGGCUGGCGCUGAAGAUCUUCUACGGGAGAGGAGACCACAUCGCCGUCAGAGUCCCCGAGGGCUUUGCUCAGGACAUCAGGGAGGUGGUGCAGAGGUUAAAGGCGCUGACGGUGGGCUGUGAGACGGCGGAUAUGACUCUGAGGAGGAACGGCCUGGGACAGCUGGGGUUCCACGUCAGUCUGGACGGCACCGUGGCUGAGGUGGAGGAGUACGGCUUCGCCUGGCAGGCAGGGCUGAGGCAGGGCAGCCGGCUGGUGGAGAUCUGCAAGGUUGCCGCGGUAACCCUGACACACGAGCAGAUGAUCGACCUACUGAGGACGUCUGUCACCGUUAAAGUGGUGAUCAUACCGCCCUACGAGGAGGGAGGGCCCCGCAGGGGAUGUACAGAGGAGUAUGAGAUGAAGACCAUGGAGCAGAAGUCAGAGUCUGAGCCCGUGGCAGCAGGCUACCGGCCCUCCCCUCGCACCCCUGUCUUGCGCUGGGACAGCCCCGCCGGCCUGCACAGCGCCCCCACCCCUCAGCGUUGGACCCCUAUGGGCCCCCCACCACCCCAACCCCGCUCACACAAAGCCAUGGUCAUGCCCAUCCCAUACAGGGAGGCCCAGCAUCUCUCCAACAAGAGGCCGGUGAGCUUUCCUGAGAACCACUACAGCCUGUCCCCAGCGGGGGGCGACAGAGUGCUACCCUACAGGAACCCCUCAGCCAGCUUCUCCUCCCCCUCUGGCUUGGGGGGCAUGGCGGCCCUGGGGGGACCCAUACUCAGCGGGCCCUUCGUACGCUACAAACCCUCACCUGACAGGUACGGUUCAGCCCAGCGUCCCCUGCUGGCCUACGAACCUCAUCUCAGUCUGGACAUCACCUCUAGUGGAGAGUCCUCCUCGGGCUUCACAAGCCAGGAAAGCACUAUGGAGCGCUGCAAGACAGAGCCCCUAUGGCAUGUCCCAGCUUCAUCAUCUCGGGGGCCAGGAAGAGGGGGGCAGAGGAAACCCACCCGACAGGACGUCCCAGGGAAAGACUCCCCCAACAGACACUCAAAGGGUGAGACCCAGUACUCCAGCCACUCCAGCAGUAACACUCUCUCCAGUAACGCAUCCAGCAGCCACAGUGACGAGCGCUGGUUCGACGUGGCCGGGGGGGAGAGAGGAGGCCCGGGGGGGUCCCGGGGUUACCUAGGCGACCUGGCCGAACCUGACCCCGACCCCCUCAGUAAGGGCGGGUCCAGUGACAGCGGCAUCGACGCCCCCACCCUCUACAACACCAAGCCUGGCGCACGCCACGGAAACCAGUCCAGCCAAUCACAGAAGCCCCUGCACUGUUCAGCAACCUAUAAUAGCGGGCUGCAGGAGCUCUCUGAGGCGAGGGGCAACGUCGUCGAGGGGCGGAGAUUGCAGUCAUCGCCUGUAUUUCCUGCCAAUCAGAACAAAGGAUACCGCACACGCACCUUCCCUCCUGGAUCCAACGUGGAGAAGCCAGACUCAUUAAAACCCAGGGCCUGCUACACACCCCAGGGUUACAAGACCCCUGCAGCAGAGAAAUCGCGACCGGUCCGAGCCGCCACAGUCACACCCAACUCUGCUCUACUCAGCUCCACCCCUCUCUCUAGCUCCGCCCCCAAGGCCUUAUGCAGCAAGAACAGGCUGGGCCCCUGGCAACCAGAUGACAACGCCCCCUCCCCUUCAAACAUACCCACUACCUACUGCUCUGACAGCAACAGCAGCAAGAAGCAGGUGGACGUGAAUUCUAAGAACGUGUUCGGACAGCCCCGUCUCAGAGCGUCGCUAAGGGACCUGCGGUCUCCACGGAGAUCCCACAAGAGCACCGUCGAGGACGACCUGAAGAAACUCAUCAUCAUGGACAGCCCUGGCGAGAUACCACAAAGAGACAUGUCUCCUCGGCGCACUCUUCAGCGCACGUUCUCAGACGAGUCUCUGUGCAGCGGGCGCAGGGAUGCCAGCUAUGCCAGCACUGCCCCCCUGUUUGACCAGGGCACUCCCAGCGACCUGCUGUUCACCUCCACCCUGCCCACCCGGCGCCAUGCACACUCUGCCAGUCACAUGCCCAACAAGAAGGUCCCUAUGUCUGCGUCGGAGCUGUCAUUGAAAGAGGUGAGGGAUAAGGUUCCCCCCCUGAGGAGGCUGGACCCGGGGCUCAUACCCCUGCCUGACACUGCCUGUGGCCUGGAGUGGGCCAGUCUGGUCAACGCUGCCAAGGCCUACGAGGGUGAGUUGCAAAGGGCGGUGUCUCUAUUCUCGCUCACCGAGCCUCAAGUUGGGGUUCCAGACAUGCGGCCGAUCAUCAGUCCAGUCCAGUUCCAAACACCUCAGACUCCACGCACUACCCCCACCUUCAGCGGGGAUGAGGUACCCAACGACCUCUCGGGACGGCUGUACAGCCUAGAGAUGAUGCUGAAGCGGCUCAACACUGACCUGGAGAAGGAGAAGAAGGACAAAGUGCACCUGUUGGCUGAGAUGGCUAACCUGCGGCAGAAUAACCAGCGGCUCCAGGAAGAGAGCCACUCGGCCAGUGAGCAGCUCCGCAAGUUCAGCCUGCUCUUCACCGACCCCCCGCAAAGGAAGUGAGCUCACACGAACACAGGAAGUGACCUCGGAGCGAGAGUGCGAGAGCAUCCACAGAGAGAACUUGUGACCUAAGCCAGAGAAUGGUGGAGAGGAAGGAAGAGGUUAGGGUAAAGGUGAUUUUAGUGGAACGACAGUCACAGUGAGUUUCAUGCUGUUGGGAUUGGGUGGGGAAUGGAUUUGUUAGUGGGUCUGGUUCGGCACUGUGGAAUACAUGGGCAAUAGAAAAUGGAAGUUAGUGUGUGAAAUGAUGUACUAGAAAAUAAGAGAGGGAAAGAACGCCCCCCCCCCCCUACAUUCUCACGUUCUAUCCCUCGCCUGCUGCUUCUGUCACAUUCCAACCACACCAUCUCCCUCCUGCCUCUCCUAGAGGGGUAGGAUGGUAGGGGAGAAGAGGAGCACUACCUCUCCACCACUGACCUGCUCUGGGGAGAGAGACCUGUCGUUAUGCCGCCACCCUCUCUGUGGCGCACAACCAGAAACCAUGCCUCGCUCUGGGCUGGACGGACACAGGGACUGCAGAGAACCAAUGGAUCCACGUUGGCUCAUCUGAAACCGAAUUGCCGAGACAGAAGAGCCUGCAAGUAGACACGCCUAUUUUGUUAUUUACUCUAAAAGAGUCCCAACACAGCACAAGCUGACUCUCCCUCAGCCUGUGCACCCAGAGUGAAUCCCUCUGUCCCUGCUUGUAGGUUUUUAUUUUUGUACACUCCUGCAUCAGAGAAAAGCCAAUAAAGAGGAGAGAUGUUAUGAACUUUAGAACACUAGAUCACCCAGAGAGGCCUAAUACUGUUCCUGAAGCGAAUCAGCCAAAAACAAACACGAGCUCUGGCUCAACAAAAAAAAGAGAGGGACUACAACUCCCAGAAUGCUCUGGGAUACGUGUGUUUAUAAAAGAUGUGGUACUGUAGUUUUGCCCGUGUGGUUCAACAUAUAGCUUGAACACAUGCAUAUUGUACUGAUACGCUUUGUUGAGUGUGUGUGUGUGUGAUAGGUUGGCACAGGGCAUUUCAGUCAUGAGCACGCUGUGUUAUGACCGCUACGCUAGUGAGAUGAGACAUCUUGUUCGUUCAGAGACAGAAUAUAGUGUCAUCAACUCAAUGAUAGUAUCUCAUCUCAGUUUUUUUGGUUAACGGUCAAUGUUAAAGGUAUUUACAAAUAUCUAAGCAUUUUUUAUAUUUUUUAACAUAUGUAGAAUUAUCAUAUUUUGUGGUUUCUGUUUUGUUUACCAACUGCUAGUGCACACAUUUAGAAAAUACAUAGAAACAAUCUCUUAAACACUGUAGCACCUGUGUCAUGGUACAAUAGCUGUGUGUGUGUGCUAGAAUGAAGGGGUAUUAUACAUACUGUUUUGCUAACAGUCCUUGUGUCUGCAGAGUCAAACUGAACAAUUUAUACACAACUGUGAGACCUAGCUAAAUAACUUAAGUAACUUAUCCUGUGGUGAUGGGUCUGUGAAACGUGUGGGCAUUUCGAAAACAAACAAACAAUGUCCAUACGACAGGAAUACACUUAACUAAAUCAACACCUACGCUUGGUUAUAUUCUGUAUAGAAACUAUUUUUCUUACCGAUGUGUGUCCAUUGUGAUGAAUGUGGGAUAAAUGGAGGGCAGCAUGGAGCUGGCAAAGCCAACGGUGUGGGUUCCAAUUCUCGUUUGGACUACAUCCAUUUACUAAAAUUAUGAAAAUGUCUGCUGAAGGACCAUAUGACUAUUUUGGUUCCAUUAAAUGUAACCCCCGAGCACAGUUAAGUCGUCGUAGACCCCCUUUUCAGGAGCCCCCCUGCCCUGCCUCAACUGGAAUCCUGUCUUCCCUUCACUACUCUCAGGACCCUUCACAGACAUCCCCUUUUACAGACUGUACUAUUUAUUUGUAUUUAUUGUUUUGUGUGUGUGGACAUGUACCUAUAUGGUGUAAACCCUUUGUGGCUGGAUCGGUGGACAUUCACAUGCAUAUGGCACGAAACAUACAAAAGAAACUACACAACCCUGCCCUCACUCUUUCAGAAACAUCUGUGCAUUUACGAGAGACAUUACGUUGAGAUAAGAGCAACAUGUACAGUACAUUCGGAAAGUAUUCAAACUUCUUUACUUUUUCCAGAUUUUGUUAUGUUCCAGCCUUGCUCUAAAAUGUAUUUAAUUAUUUUUCCGACUCAUCAAUCUACACACAAUACCCCAUAAUGACAGAGCGAAAACAGGUUUUUAGAAAUUGUUGCAAAUUUAUUUACUUAAGUAUUCAGACCCUUUGAGACUUAAUUGAGCUCAGGUGCAUCCUGUUGCCAUUGAUCAUCCUUGAGAUGUUUCUACAACUUGGAGUCCACCUGUGGUAAAUUCAAUUGGUUGGACAUGAUUUGGAAAGGCACACACCUGUCGAUAUAAGGUCCCACAGUUGACAGUGCAUGUUAGAGCAAAAACCGAGCCAUGAGGUUGAAGAAAUUGUCCAUAGAGCUCCGAGACAGGGUUAUGUUGAGGCACAGAUCUGGGGACGGGUACCAAAAAAUAUCUGCAGUAUUGAAGGUCGCCAAGAACACAGUGGCCUCCAUUCUUAAAUGGAAGAAGUUUGGAACCACCAAGACUUCCUAGAGCUGGCCGCAAAGCCAAACUGAGCAAUCGGGGGAGAAGGGCCUUGCUCAGGGAGGUGACCAAGAACCCGAUGGUCAUUCUGACAUGGCUCCAGAGUUCCUGUGUGGAGAUGGGAUAAUCUUCCAGAAGGACAACCAUCUCUGCAGCACUCCACCAAUCAGGCCUUUAUGGUAGAGUGGCCAGACAGAAGCCACUCAGUAAAAGGCACAUGACAGCCUGGCACCAUCCCUACGGUGAAGCAUGGUGGUGGCAGCAUCAUGCUGUGGAUAUGUUUUUCAACAGCAGGGAGACUCGUCAGGAUAGAGAGAGAGAGAGAGAGAUGAACGGAGCAAAGAACAGAGAGAUCUUUGAAAGCCAUCUCCAGAGCCAGGACUUUGAACCCCGCUCAAACAUCUCGAGUGAGCUGAAAAUAGCUGUGCAGCGACGCUCCCCAUCCAAACUGACAGAGUUUGAGACGAUCUACAGAGAAGAAUGGGAGUAACUCCUCAAAUACAGGUGUGUCAAGCUUGUAGCGUCAUUCCCAAGAAGACUUGAGGUAAUAAUUGCUGCCAAAGGUGCUUCAACAAAGUACUUAGUAAAGGGUCUGAAUACUUGUGCAAAUUUGAUAUUUUUUAGAAAUGUGAAAAAUGUGGGGGUAUUGUGUGUAGAGUCAUGAGGAGAUAAAACAAUUGACUCCAUCUUAGAUUAAGGCUGUAACAAAGUGUAAAAAGUCAAGGGGUCUGAAUACUUUCCGAAUGCACUGUACAGACAUCUGUCUCCAUUUCUCUGUGUACUGUAAGCUGCCUCAUCCUCCAGCCAGUUAUAUCAUCUUGGACAUACCAAGAGCAACUCAAACAUAACCCUACACACUCAUGUUAUCACUGAAGCUCAGCACAUGUGCUGUGAUGUUGAUAUCUGCAAUGUCUUAAUCUUUAUUUUGUUUAUUUGUGUGUGGAGGGGUAUGGGUGUUUUUAAGGAUUUAGUUUUGGCUGUAUUUGAUUUCAAGAAAACUGUAGUUAAAUACAGUACCAGUCAAAAGUUUGGACAGACCUACUAAUUCAAGUGUUUUUUGCUAUUUUCUACAUUGUAGAAUAAAUAGUGAAGACAUCAAAACUAUGAAAUGACACAUGGAAUCAUGUAGUAACCAAAAAAGGGUUAGCCAUAUCAAAUAUAUUUUAUAUGUGAGAUUCUUCAAAGUAGCCACCCUUUGCCUUGAUGACAGCUUUGUAUCCAUCAACCAGCUUCAUGAGGUAGUUACCUGGAAUGAUUUUCCUUCACUCUGCAGUGCAACUCAUCCCAAACCAUCUCAAUUGGGUGGAGGCCAGGUCAUCUGAUGCAGCACUCCAUCACUCUCCUUCUUGGUCAAAUAGCCCUUACACAGCCUGGAGGUGUGCUGGGUAAUUGUCCUGUUGAAAAACAAAUAGUAUAGAUGAUACAGUAUACAAAUGAUAGUCUUUAAAUGUUAGUCUUUAACUUUAUCAGAAGUUUAAGAGGGAAUAUUCAGAGAUAAAAAGUUUCUUAUGAAUUAUUCAUAAUAUGUCCUUUUUUUGGGUUGUCAGGCGGCAGGGUAGCCUAGUGGUUAGAGCGUUGGACUAGUAAACGAAAGGUUGCAAGUUCAAAUCCCUGAGCUGACAAGGUACAAAUCUGUCGUUCUGCCCCUGAACAGGCAGUUAACCCACUGUUCCUAGGCCUUCAUUGAAAAUAAGAAUUUGUUCUUAACCGACUUGCCUAGUAAAAUAAAGGUAAAAUUAAAAAAAUUAAAAAGUGUAAACCAGAUGGCAUGGCGUAUCGCUACAGACUGCAGUUUUGGAUUUAUCAGACCAAAGGACAGAUUUCUCGUGUUUCUUGGCGGAAGCAAGUCUCUUAUUAUUCGUGUGGUUUAUUUGCAGCAAUUUGACCAUGAAGGCAUGAUUCACGCAGUCUCCUCAAACCGUUGAUGUUGAGAUGUGUUUGUACCUCACAGAUUUCAAGUAACAAUCUGAGGUGCAGUUAACUCUAAUGAACUUAUCUGUGGCAGUCGUCAUGAGAGCCAGUUUCAUCAUAGCGCUUGAUGGUUCUUGAGACUCCACUUGAAGAAACUUUAGAAGUUCUUGAAAUGUUCUGAAUUGACUGACCUUCAUGUCUUAAAGUAAUGGACUGUUGUUUCUCUUUGCUUAUUUGAGCUGUUCUUGCCGUAAUAUGGACUUAGUCUUUUACCAGAUAGGGCUAUCUUCUGUAUACCCCCCUUACCUUGUCACAACACAACUGAUUGUCUGAAAUGCAUUUAGAAGGAAAUAAAUUCCACAUAUUAACUUUUAACAAGGCACACCUGUUAAUUGAAAUGCAUUCCAGGAGAUUAUUUCAUUGUUUUGUUGUCUCCACUAUUAUUCUACAAUGUAGAAAAUAGUAAAAAAAUAAAGAAAACACUUGAAUGAGUAGGUGUGUCCAAACUUGUACUGUACAUGUUGAACAUAGCUCGGUGCAUCAAUGUUGCAUGUGCACAAAUCACAAAUGGUAACAUCGAAACUUGGUAAAUGGAUCAAUUGUAUUAUUUUUAUUUUUUUAGAUGUUUAAUAUUUGUCUAAUUUAUUUUUGGAAAAUAUUGGCCACUUUUGCGACAUAAAAUACAAAAUAGUGGAAUUAAGAGGGUACUUAGUUUUUAUUUCUGUAUAUGCCGUUUGAUUUUAAAUCUUUGUAUAGAGCUGAUUUGUAUGAUAGUUUUUCUUACUUUGUUGGUGCAUUCUGCAUGAGGCAGGAGUGCUUUAUGCAUUGACGAAAACUUACGGUUGAACAUUGUUUUUCUUGGGGAUGUUGGAUCAAUGACUGUACAUUUUAAAAGUGUAAAUUGUUUUCAUUAUUUUAUAAGAACAUAUAUUAAAAAUCUUUCAUAAUGAUAGAA